CCUUGCGGUGUUUCAUCCUGAAAUGACAAAUGGAAAUCGACUUUAAAGUUUAAGUGUUGUAGAAGAAAAUAGUUUGACAUGUAAGUGAUCGCAAGGAAUCAAAAACAAGGACAAGUUAACAAAACAUAAAGGUCAUGGAAAGUCUUAACUUGAUAUUUAGUUUUACAUACCUUGUUUUAGAUUCCAAUUAACAACCAACCAACCAACCAAUCAACAAUCAAUGAUAGAAAAUUAAAAACACUAGUAAAAAAAAAUUAACACUGAUGAAACUAAAUCAAAAAAAUAAAUUUCGCAUUUUGUCGUUAAUUGUGAUUGAAAGUUACAUGAUAAAAAUAAGCUGUAAUCACAGUCAACAAUAAAUACUUAAGUUCGUUGCUAAAAAUAUGUUCGGAACUCAAAGAACUCUAAAAAGGUGAAUAAAAAAUAUUUAAAACCUCAACCUUGUUAGUUAAUGAAAUAUCUAAUUAGAUAUCUAAGUAAGAAAUGAAAGUAUUUGUUGAUAACACAACCGAUUGAGUUAAUCCAAACGAUUU